ACUUUGAUGACACAUGGGAAAGGAGAGGAAGAAGGAAGUGCUAGAUCUGAAAGCGGGCUAUUAAUUUAACCUUCCAUUGCUUCUCUUGCUGCUGUGACUUUACGCUGUUGCCGCUAUUUGAUUAUGUCUGCCCAGAAUCAAGAGAUAGCAUUUGACAUUACCUGGAUUUCUAAUGUACAAGUGAACCAACCAGCAGUUUUAAGACGUGCAGAGCAAAUCCAAACUCGAAGAACUGUCAAAAAGGAUUGGCAAGCUGCUUGGCUCCUGAAAGCUGUUACCUUUAUUGAUCUUACUACACUUUCAGGUGAUGACACUUCUUCAAAUGUGCGGAGGCUUUGUUAUAAAGCCAAGUAUCCAAUUCGGGAAGAUCUUUUGAAAGCUUUGAAUAUGCAAGAUAAAGGUAUUACCACAGCAGCUGUUUGUGUUUAUCCUGCUCGUGUGAGUGAUGCUGUAAAAGCCCUGAAAGAUGCAGGUUGUGACAUUCCAGUGGCUUCAGUAGCUACUGGCUUUCCAGCUGGGCAGACUCAUUUGAAAACUCGAUUGGAUGAGAUAAGAUUGGCUGUUGAAGAUGGUGCUAAAGAAAUUGAUGUGGUAAUUAAUAGAUCUCUGGUGCUCGCUGGUCAGUGGAAAGCUCUGUAUGAUGAGAUCUGUGAGUUUCGCAAAGCCUGUGGAGAUGCACACCUCAAAACCAUUCUGGCAACGGGAGAACUUGGUUCCCUUACUAACAUCUAUAGAGCCAGUAUGGUAGCUAUGAUGGCAGGUUCUGAUUUCAUUAAGACGUCUACGGGAAAAGAAACAGUAAAUGCUACCUUUCCUGUAGCUAUAGUGAUGGUCCGGGCCAUUAGAGACUUCUAUUGGAAAACUGGAAAGAAGAUAGGUUUUAAACCAGCAGGAGGUAUCCGGACUGCAAAAGAUUCUCUUGCUUGGCUUUCACUUAUUAAAGAGGAGCUUGGGGAUGAUUGGCUGAAACCAGAACUCUUUCGCAUAGGAGCCAGCACUUUGCUUUCUGACAUUGAGAGACAGAUCUACCAUCAUGUAACUGGAAGAUAUGCAGCUUAUCAUGAUCUUCCAAUGGCUUAAAUAUGUGACCAAUGAAAGAAGAACUUUGUACAAGAACAUCUUAGUAUAUGUCUAUGUAUAUAAAUAUAUAAACAUAUACAUAAAUAUGAACGUGUGAAUUCUAAUCAGUCACUAAAACAGUCUGAUUAAAAAGAACUUGGGAAGUAUGGCAAUGACUGAUUCUUUCUUUUGGGGUUGUCUUUGUAAUUAAAUCCAGUAGUGAAGGACAAAAUGUUAUCUGCCAGGGGCUUUUUUGUUGAAGCCCCAAAGGCAAAUUUCUGAUGUUCAUAAUGUUAUAAAAUCAUCAGUGUUAAUCUUGAGUAAACUUUCUCAGACUACUUUAAGUAAUUUUUAUAAUUAUGACCAAAUUCUGUGAAAAAUAUGAAAAAAAGAAAUGUUAAUUUACCCUAAUAACAUGUUGUAACAGGAGAUUAAUGUAUAUCCAUGAGCGGCAACAGCAGCAAAAUGACUUUGAAGAGUUACUGGCUUGGCACUAAUGUUUACCCUAUGAAAAUGUCUUCAAAUUUUACAAUUGUUUUUUAAAAAUUAAUUGUAUUAAUGACUUUUCAAGCAUUGUUAUUUAAAAAUUUGAGUUACCAAUUUUUAAAUAAAAAUUCUUGUUUUU